UUUGAAUUUCUGGAUUUCUUCCCCGUCAACAAACAACAUUUCAACACUUUCAAUUCCAAGACAACCCCAACCCCGAGUAUCCCCCCACCUACCGAAACGACUCCCGCAUCACUACAACGCCCGACGAGUAACCAUAACGGCCGAGCGACAAGAUGCCCGUCGUCAAGGGAGGUGUGUGGACCAACAUCGAGGAUGAAAUCCUCAAGGCGUCGGUCAGCAAGUACGGCCUGAACCAGUGGGCCCGCGUCUCGUCGCUGCUGGCCCGCAAGACGCCCAAGCAGUGCAAGGCAAGAUGGAACGAAUGGCUGGAUCCCAGCAUCAAGAAGAUCGAAUGGAGCAAGGAGGAGGAUGAGAAGCUGCUGCACCUCGCCAAGCUGAUGCCGACCCAAUGGCGUACCAUUGCCCCCAUCGUUGGAAGAACCGCAAACCAGUGCCUGGAAAGAUACCAAAGGCUUCUCGACGAAGCCGAGCAGAGGGAGGCAUCCGCUUUUGGGCUGGCGGGCCCUGAUGGAGGCGAAGCUCACGCGCCCAGCGCCGACGAUGUUCGCAAACUACGUCCUGGCGAGGUCGACCCCGAUCCGGAGACGAAACCCGCCCGUCCCGACACCAUCGAUCUCGAUGAAGAUGAGAAAGAAAUGUUGAGCGAGGCUCGCGCGCGUCUGGCCAACACACAGGGUAAAAAGGCCAAGCGAAAGGCCCGUGAGCGACAGCAGGAGGAGUCGCGCCGACUGGCCGCUCUCCAGAAGCGUCGCGAGUUGAAGACAGCCGGUAUCAACAUCAAGGUUACGACAAAGAAGCAGGGCCAGAUGGACUACAAUGCCGAUAUUCCAUUCGAAAAGAAGCCUGUUCCUGGAUUCUAUGACACCACCGAGGAGAUGUCUCGCAACGAGUACCAGCGCGCCCAUUUCGACCCCAAGAAGCAGCAGGUUGGGAACAAGCGCAAGGGUGAAGAGGAUGAGAGAGACGGCAAGAGGAGAAAGGGCGACAAGGACCCAUCUGUGCAAGCCGCCCUCAAGGCCGGUCAACUGCAAAAGAUGCGCGAGGCAGAACAGAGCAGCAAGCGGAGGGCUUUGGUCCUGCCAGCACCUCAGGUCGGCGAAGGCGAGUUGGAGGAAAUUGUGAAGAUGGGCAUGAUUGGCGAACGGGCAAACAUGCUGGCUCGCGAAAGCGACAACGACGCAACUCGUGGCCUGAUCAACAACUACUCGACACUCAACACCAAUGCGCCAAUCCGAACACCGAUGGCCCCCGCUCAGGAAGACCACAUCGCAAACGAGAUCCGCAACAUCCGAGCACUAACAGAGACGCAAUCCUCGCUGCUCGGUGGAGAGAACACGCCUCUACACCAGGGGGUGGGCUCUACCGGCUUCGAGUCGGUUGCGCCGCGGAAGCAGGUCAUGUCAACCCCUAACCCCUUAGCCACCCCCUUGCGGGCUGCUGGAGCUGGUCCCGGCGCCACGCCUCUCCGUGUCGGCCAAACACCGCUGCGCACUCCCCGUGAUACCUUUGCUCUCAAUGAUGCCGGUGACGAAAUGUCGAUGGUGGGCGGCACACCCCGAGAUGUUAAGAUGCGCGAGAUGUCUAUUCGGCACCAGCUCAAGCAGGGCCUCGCGUCUCUUCCCAAGCCCAAAGAGACCGAGUGGGAGCUCGAGCUGCCGGAUGAUCAGCAAGAACCCAAGACCGCUGAGCAGCUGGAGGAGGAUGCUGCUGAGCGUGAUCGUCGAGAAAGGGAGAUCAGGGAGGCGCGAGAGCUGUUGGAGCGCAAGAGACGAACUCAGGUUAUGCAGCGAGAUCUGCCUCGGCCUGUUCAAGUCGAUUAUCAGUCACUCUUGAAGGAAGCCUCGCAGGCCGAGGACCCUGUCAAGGUUCUCAUCGCUCGUGAAGCGGCCUUGCUCGUAGCUCAUGAUGCCACCAAGUAUCCUCUACCGGGAGCUCAGCCAACUGCCCGGGCACUGGAGAUCCAGAAAAUUGACGACGCCGCGUUGCAAGAGGCCAAGCUUCAGGUUCUGAUGGAAAUCAAGGAUAAACCAAAGCCGGAAGAGGUUCAAGCGGUGUGGGAAAAGAGCAACAGCAACUCCCUUUUGCUUGGGUUAGGAUGCUACGAGGAUGAUGAAGAAGAAGAGCAGAUAUCCACUAUGCAAAUUGCGCUUGAGGAGGUCAUUGACCAAAUCGUCGCCUCGGCGGAGAAGGGCAACAAGCUCGAGAAGAAGCUCAACUUGCAUCUCGGCGGUUAUAAAAAUCGGGCUGAAAUGCUGCGGAAGAAGAUCAGUGAGGCUCACGAGGCGUUGGAGAAGGCGAACAACGCUCUGGGGGCUUUCAAGGUCCUCCAGGCCUCGGAGCAGGCCGCUAUUCGGAACCGGCUCGCGGCGCUACGUGAGGAGGUGGGCUUUGUCAGCACGAGGGAGAGAGAGGCGCAGGAGUUGUACAGGAGGACGAGGGAAGAGUUGGAUGCUUUGACGCUCAACGGGCCGAAGGCCAAUGGGUUCCGCUGAAUGAUAUGUUGGAAGUGUAUGGUCAGGUUGUGAAUAAUAAAUGUUGGCUGUCCUCUGGCAUGGAAUGGUAUGUCUGGCAACUGUCUGUGGAAUGGCCACUGACGUCGAGCAGCAAAAAAUUAGAAGCAUUGAACAUUAUCAUGUACUUGGAAGACGUCUCUCAGAUGCGCCGUGUGAACAUGUAUAGUUCCACGAUUAACCUCCCUCUCAAUAUCCAG